CAUCGAUUGCAUAUAAAGUAAGGGUCGGGGUGUCAAGAGGAGAGUCCUCCAUUUGACCAAUUAUUUUCUCUUAGUGAGGCUCAUUUAGUCCCGCACCGAACAUCAUGUCGAACAAAGCUCAGACCGCCCUCUUCUUCUCCGUACACCAGUUAUCCAACCAGCCACAGCACGAAGACCCCCACGCAUCUUAUCAACCGUCAACUACGUCUACUAUAGCUCCAGAAAUUGAAGAAAAGGCAUUGUCUACUUCGAAGACGCCUUCUUUAAAGGUCGAUCAUUUUUCAAACGACGCCAAAAAUGAGGAGAAUGGGGGAGACAUUGACGGAGAGAAUGACUCACUCAGGACAAGCGGAGAAGGCCAACUUGGAAUUACAGACGAGAAAGAAGACCAAAUACCAUCUCGCCAUGGUGGAUUAGGAAUUAAAGUCUCUCAAAGGAAGAAAUGGGGACUUUUAGCUCUUUUCAGCCUGUCUCUUGUCAUUGAUCAAUGGUGUCUGGCUGCUUUCUAUAUCCUCACUCCCCCUAUCACCGACUCUAUGCAAGUUCCCUUCGCCCAACAAUCAUGGGUCAUCACCUCCUACACAGUCACCUUCGCCGCUACUCUCCUGUUCUGGGGCCGAGUCUCCGACCUCUACUCUGCUGCACCUGUCUUCUCUUACGGUAUUGUCACCCUCGGGGUAUUGAACUUGAUCAUCUCCUUCCUGCCGGAGAGAUAUUCUUUCUUCAUUUUUCGGGCGCUGUCUGGAAUAGCAGGUAGUUCUUCUGUGCCCUCUGCUUAUAGGCUUAUCAUCGCUGUAUUUGAGCCUCAUGAGCUGAACAAGGCUUUUACUAUCUAUGCUAUGAGCGGCGCUCUUGCGAAUUCUACAGGAAAUAUUAUUGCUGGAAUCAUUAUGUUGAUCCCUUCUGGCGGACAAGGUGAAGCUUGGAGGUGGUUCUUCAGGAUCAUAUCGGCUAUUGUAUUGCCCGUGGGAGUGUGGUCAAUAUUUUGGAUUCCAAGAAGCAGGGGUGAGAAUUCCGAUGUAAACGAUAAAUUGGCAAGAAUGGAUCUUCCGGGAUGCUUCAUGAUGUUAGUGGCGAUCGUUCUCUUGAUCCUCUCUUUAACUCUCGGCGCCUCAAACGGCUGGUCAACGCCCGGGUUCAUCGCACCUCUCAUCAUAUCGGCCAUUAUUUUCCCAGCGUUCUUUGUCUGGGAAUCCCGCAUCAAGUCCACCCACGCACUCCUCCCACCAUCAAUAUGGCAUUAUCAUAAUUUUACCCUUUGGGUCGUCUUUGCUCUCCUGGGCUAUACCUGGUGGUCGGUUAACUUUUUCGCACUCAUUGAGUAUUGGUUGGAAUAUAUGGGUGAAAAGGCGAUCAUCGUCUCAUUGAGAGUCUUGGCGGAAGGCGUAACUCCAAUGGUAGUCACCAUCGUCCUCACUAAAUGGGGGCGCUUGAUGGAAUUCCCCAGGAUCUCGAUCACAUUUGGCGGUCUGCUGGGCAUAGCGGCGUAUAUCAUGUUCAUAUUCUCUGGCACGCAUGUUGGGAGAGAUUACUGGCGAUACAUGUUUCCAGCCAUGCUUUUUGGGGCAGCAGGGAUGUGCAUUGUCUUUACCGCUACAAGUGUUGGUGCGAUGUGCGCUGUUCCUGCAAGCAUUGGGGGCGUAGCGGGCGCUACUUUGCAAGUGUCUUUUCAAGUAGGAGCUGCUGUAUCCUUUGCGGUGCAAGCUGGACUGUUUACCAUCAAUGAAGGUGGGAUAUCCAAUUUUGACAAUCUCAAAGCUUCAUUCUACUUUGAGUUGGGUUUCAUUGCGUUAUGGGUGAUUGGUUUCUUGGUGUUCUAUAAACCAAAGAAUACAGAGGUGUCCGGGGAUACAGAAAGAAUUGCGGCUGGUCAUUAGAACAAAUCCUAAUUAUUGAUACCUGGUCGGUAUAAGCAUAUCCUGAUAGAUGUCGUCGUAAGCAUGUAUAAUUAUACUCUCUAAGCUCUUUGGGUCGAAUCAGGCUCAGAAGGCCAUCCCCCAUGAUUGGCAUUCUUCUCCCUAGCAUCCUGCUCAGCCUUCUGAACAAGUCCC